GGCGGGAAUACGAGUUAUGCACACAGCCGAUUUCAUCGAAGCAAAAUUAAAACAGCGUCCAGUGCUCUUAAUUUCCAAGGAAGGCUGUCCAGUUUGCAAAGCCGUCGAAGGUAUACUCAGCGGUUAUAAGCUAAACAGCAAAAAGCCUGACAAUUAUGAAGUAUUGUAUAUCGAAUCAAGAAAGGAUUGUGGAGUAAUUGAAACGUAUCUAUGGCACAAGCUGAUAUAUCGUAAUCGGCAAGUGCCCCAUCUGUUCGUUGACGGCUCCCACGUCGGAGGAGCAAAGGAGAUACAACUGCUGCACGACAGUGGAAAAUUGGGACCAAUACUACAGAACGCAGGAAAAAGAUACGUUCCUCUUUUGAAACCUUCUGAUUUAAAGGGAUCGUGUUACUAGAUCAGUAAUAUACCAGCGUUCUCAUUGGUAUUACAAAAUCUGUCCCUGAGCAUUGAGUAAAUGCUGAUUUUGACCAACUUCAGUUUUACGCUUAUUUUAUUUGGCAGUUGUCGUAUGUAUUAUGUGCAAGGCUUUUGCAGAAAACUGUAAUAAAGUGAGAAAAGAUGUAGUGCAAUGAAUGAUACACUUCAUCCCUGAAGAAAGACAAAAAUGAUGAUAACCGGGUGGUUUUUUC